AUGAGUCAAAGCAUAUUAGAACCAAUCAGAAUGCGCCAGCUGGGAUUCCGGGCUUUUGACAGAAUCCAACGUGUAUAAAGUGUAGCGUGGAUUGAACUUAUGUAGUUCUAUUAAAAAUUUUGUUGCAAUAGUGAACGAAUGAAUUAAAAGUUGUAGAUUGUUUGUGUUACGAAUUAGUAAGAAUAUUUUCUACGUAAUACACGAAUUACUUUAUCAGCUCAAUAAUAUGUAAGUUGUGCUCCAUUAAUGUUUAUGUUAACCUCGUAAACAUAAAUAUAUUUACAUUUUUAUUUAAUUUUGUUUUCUCUUUUAAAUUUUCAUUCCUAUUUAGAUAAGAAACAUAAGUUUUUGUUGUGAUUUGUAGUUUAAAAGAUCGUGUACUUGAAGUUCUCAAAGAUUAUAAUUUUUUACAGAAAAUACAUUCAGAAUGAAUAGUUCAGUAUUAUUAACACUCUCUAUUGUUAUUGGAUUGUAUACUGUUAUUGCUUUGAAAAAUGACGAAUGUGAAGGUAAAUUAAUAUUUGAUCUAUCCUUUAGUUUAAUCACUUAUCAUCUUUUUAAAUUGAUUAUGUUUUAGUAUGUAUAAAUACUGUGGAAAAAUUUGUGAAUACUUUAAGUGAAGAUGUUAAAAAAGACACAAAAAAGAUAGAAACAGCAUUUAAAGACUUUUGUAAAGGUACUAAAUCUAAAGAGAACAGAUUUUGUUAUUAUUUAGGUGGUUUGAAAGAAUCUGCCACAGGUAUUUUAAGUGAAUUAAGUAAACCUAUAUCUUGGUCUAUGCCUGCAAAUAAAAUAUGUGAAAAAUUGAAAAAGAAAGAUGCUCAAAUAUGUGACUUGAGAUAUGAGAAACAAAUUGAUAUUAAUACUGUUGAUUUGAAAAAGCUUAAAGUACGUGAUUUGAGGAAGAUCUUGAGUGACUGGGAUGAGACAUGUGAUGGUUGCAUAGAGAAAACAGAUUUUAUUAAACGAAUUGAAGAACUGAAACCAAAAUAUUCUCAUAGUGCAAAAUCAGAACUCUGAAAAGUGUUCAACGUUGUAGAUAAAUUAUUAUGUUAGUGUGGCUAAGCUUUGGGGUAUUCUUUUUUACAAAAUGAUUAAUAAUAUUUAUAUGUUUCUUCAUUCUGAAUAUGAAUGUGUAAGAUAUCAUUUUGUACAAUUACUUUGUGAAAUUUCGGAGAGCCAGUAUACAUAUGCAUUUAAAUUUUAACAAUAUUAAAUUAUAUUUAAUUCAGUAAUAUCUUGGACAUGGAUCUAAGAAAUUAAGAAAUUAAAAAUGUUGAGCAAUGAAAAUUUGUUAAAAAGGGAUAAUUCCUUUUAGAAUAGCCAUGCUAAUACAAAUUAAAUAUCAUAAAAGGUGCUCCGUUUUUAUCAUAACAAAGUUAGAAAAAUAUAAAUAACUCAAAUUUUUCAUACAACAAAUUAUUUUCAUGUUUUUAUUUUUCAUUGCUCUUCCUCGACUAUUCAUAUACAGUAUGUUUAUACAUGUAAAUCCUAUUUAUAUCAAGGAACUGUGUACUAUAUAAACAAAUAUGUAUUUGUGAUUAAUUAUUACAAUAAUGUGUAAUGUUAAUUUCUUUUUUAUACUACAUUGAAAAUCAUAACUUACUCCUAAUUUUUUCAACAUAUUUUUCUCAAUAUUUUUAAAAAAUUGUAUACAAUACAUUUACUUUCUCAGACCAUGAAAACAUUUGAAACCAUGAAAAAUUUUUUAUCAAUUAGUUUAAAUAAUAAAAUCAGAAAUUUGUUAAAUUGUUAAAUUUAGUUUAAUUUCCAAUUAUACUUAAACAUAUAUUUGGUGUACAGUGAAAAUGUAUGUACGAGAUGUAAAACAAAAAGGUAUUGUAAAAUCAUACAGAUUUAAUAAUUGUGGUCUUUUAAUAAAAAAAUUGUCAAAUAAA